ACCAGAAAACACCCACAACGCAAAAAAAAAAAACGCGCUAGAACGCUAAAGAGCGAUCGGGAUGGGGGAUGUUGACGCGACGGGGGCGGUAGCUGCGACGGCGGAUGCGGCUGCAGCAGGGACUGCCCGAAGGGGUCGGGCUGGGAGCAAGGUGGAGCACGGGGAUCGGCGUGAGACGAGUGCAGGUGAUAUCAAGGCUUUGCGUGGGGCUUUCAAGCUUGCCUUGGAGCAGAAAGAUGCCGAAGCCCUUUACAAGAACGGAACCCGCCUUGCUCGCAAGCUUAAGCGGGCUCAGAAGUAUACAGAGGCCACCAAGGUCAUCGGUGUCACACUCAAACAUACGAAAGAAGCACUUCGCAACGAGGGCCAACGCGCUGCCGCUCUGCUUGCACAGCUGGGCGAGCUGGCCGAGUUUCGAGCUGCCUAUGCCAAUGCUUUAAAGUAUUAUCAUGAGGCUCACCGACUGACGGUUCAAGCCAAGGAUGCAGACCCUGGAUCCAUUCACAAAGCCGAGCUGCGUCUGGGUGCGCUCCAAAGUCACGAGGAUAGCUAUUAUCAGCAUGCACUGGCCAGUCACGCACAAGCAUUGGAGCUCAAACGCAAGGCCUUUGGUAACCUUCAUCCUUCAGUGGCCGUGACCCUGACGCACAUGGGAUCAACGCAUUGCCAGCAAGGCAACACGCUCGAAGCCCUUGCAUCCUUUCGCGAGGCUUUGCGCAUCCGUUGCAAGGUCCUGGGAGUCGAUCAUCCCGACACCGCAGCCACUAUUAGUCACCUCGCCCACGCGUGCCGCCUCGAGGGGGAUUAUGAGACAUCCCUUUCCUACUAUGCCUGGGCACUCCGCAUCCGGGAGAAAAUUCUCGGGCCCUCGGCCAAAGCUGUCGGCGACACCCAUUACAACAUUGCUCUCAUCCACCUGCACUUGGGUGAGCACGGUAGCAGCGCCUUGCAUUUUCGAAAAGCCGCGGUGGCCUUUGUACAUGAACUGGGUACCGAUCAUCCGGAUACCCUUGACGCUCAAAAGCAAGCGCGGCUGUCUGAGCAACGCACGGCUGGGUCCGCCCGGCAACUCUCGCGCGUGGGUCAUGACCUUUCCACUUUUCAAGUCCCCGUCGAAGUCAGCCCCACAGAUACAGAGGAUGAUGAAGCCAUCGAAAACACCACUGUUUGAGUUGCAGAUGCGUUCCUCCCUUCCCCAAAAGGCCUGCAAGGGGAUUUCUUUUUUUCCAAGGGGUGAGGGUUGGAGUUGAUCUGGCGCUGCGCGCCCACAAGCACUCGAUUGCACAAGCCGCCAUGUCCUACACUUGCGCCAUGUCCUACACUUGCUUGCUUGCCGGCCCUGGCGCACCCAUUUGUAUCAAAUGCCUCGCACUCACAUCGAACAAUAAUAGGUUGCGAGGCUUUUCAAUUGAUAAGUGGCUUGC